AUGUGGAUGGGCGGGGGCAGGGUGUCGGUCAUCAGUGCCAGUGUCGCUGCCGCCAGGCUCCAUGCAUUGCGAGAGAGUCGAUUGCAGGUGUUGGAUUGGAGCGGAGGAACGCCAAAAAUCUCCGACGACGCGCGACUGCACAAUAAUGCUGCGCUGCGCUGCGCUGCGCUGCGGAACGGUCGCCGACUCUUUCUCGCCCGCCCAGAGCCAGCAGUGAUGAGGUGUCACAAUAUACCGACUUUAUAUCCCUGCGCACGGUCAUCGCUGGCACUCGCGCUACUAUCGUCGUCGUUCCGCGGUACUACCUCGCCAUCACAGCAACGCCCUGUCCGCCCUGCACUUCUAGACUUCUCCGGAGACCGAUCCGUGAAGGAUCUGUCCGGGGAUCAUGGCCCGCGCCCGCCAGCAACCAGCAGGAGAGCACACGCACACGCACACAUCAGCAAAGGGUGUGUGGUUUCUUCGCUGAUGAGCUUCGCCUGCGAUACUGUAUACAUCCCCCAUCGGAAGCCAGAAUGCUCGUCGGCACCACCUGCCGAUUCACCCGCCUCCAUCGACAUGCCCAAUCAAGCUAGAACACAUCAUCUGCUAUCGACAGCAAUAGUCUCGCGUGUGCUCCUCAAGGAUUCUCUCUCAAGCACGCACGUUGCGACGAUGAGAUCAUCUCCUUCGUACCUUGCAGCAAGUCCAACCCAAGCCAACCCAUUCAUGAUAUCCCCGGGUGACGGGUCACGACUAUCCGCCCGUACGACGUACGACAUUGGUACUGUCGCGAUUGCGAAAUCAUUGGCCGACGAAACGAUCCAUUUCAUCAAAACAUUGAUGCACGAUCAUCUAUCUCCCUGCCGAUCAGGACCUGGAGACACGGUACAACAAAAGUUGAAUAUCGAUCAAAACAAUGCUGCACAAUGCGACGCUGAUUCCGGAUUCCCACACCUCACGAUCAAGACCUGUCAGCAUCAUGUGCGCAUCAGCAAGGGGAGACAUCACGAUACUUUUCUGAUAAUGGGCCUGAAGAAGAUGCGCACUGAUCGCUGA